GUAUAUUUGAACCCCUCCACGGUCCACCCCACCAAAGUCCCCCAUCUCUCCUCUCCCAUAUCCUCCUCAUCUUCUUCGCCGAUCAAGACUUCUUUACAACCCCUUUUCUGUAAAUCACAGUCCCGCUAUCUCCAAAUCUCAACUGUUGUUUCAUGGGAAACUACGUUUCUUGCGCUUUGGCCACCUCUUCUGUGGGGAAGUAUAGAGCUGCAAAGGUGAUUUUUCCGGGCGGAGAGGUUCGGGUGUUGGACAGGCCUACCAAGGUGGCAGAGCUCAUGCUGGAGGAGCCCUCCUUCUUUGUGGUGGAUUCUCAGUCGCUGCACAUGGGGCGGAGAUUUUCGGCUCUAGGUGCGGACGAGGACCUGGAAAUGGGCAGCGUGUACGCCAUGUUCCCGAUGACGAGGCUGAAUUCUGUCGUGACUGCGGCGGACAUGGGGGCUCUGUUCAUGAGGGCGAACUCCUCGGUGAAACAGGCGUCGGCCGGGAGGAUGAGGCUGCUGGCGGAGUCGGGGAGGGGCGCCCAGAUCAUGCCGUCUCCGGCGGCGGAGAACGCGGGGGAGACGAGGCUGAAUUUGGAGGAUAUAGAGGAGUAUUCGACGCCAGAGUUCAAGCACAGGUUGUCAAUGUGCAGGUCGAAGAAGCCAUUGCUGGAGACCAUCGCUGAAGAACCACUCUGUUCCAGAUAACGCCUUUUCCUUUCAUAUUUCCUAUAUUUGGGCUUUCUAGUUGUUUUUUUUUUUUUUUUUUUUUUUUGGGUAUUUUAGAAAAGGGAAAAUGUCUUCUUUUUUUUUUCUUCUGAAAUAUAGGUGAGAAGUUUGUUCUACUUAUUCAAUCUGACCUCACUCUCCCACGACAUGUAUUGCAAUACAUCAUUACAUAUAUAAGAUUAAUUAUAGUGGUUUAUUA